AUGACUAGUCCAAGUUCCCAGUCGCGAGUGCCAAAAGCAUGCGACCCAUGUAACCGCCGCAAAGUUCGCUGCAACGGCCAGCAAAGAUGUCAGCAAUGCGAGCACCUGGAUCUCAUGUGCACAUACACAGAAAACCGUUUAUUGCGAUCAAGAAAACACUCACUACGCCGAGGAGCGGUUAUCUCAAAAUACAAGAGCGCCAACCCCAAAACCACUAGUCUGACACCACUUCUCUCUCCACCAACAACUUCAGCAACUUCAGCCUCACCCCAACUACCAACCUCGUACUUUGAAAGUCUACUCCCAGCGUACAUGUCCUAUGUAUACCCCUUCAGUCCAAUAAUCACCGAAGCAGAAGUGCGCGAGUCCCUCAUAAAAAUGAACACGGAAAGAGAGCACGCAGCCUUCAUCUACGCCUUCACCGCAGUAACGCUGGACGUAACGCGCUCUUUUCAAGUCACGACAAAAUCCAGCACCCAGCCAGCCUCAGCACAAAUAGCCGACCUAAUGCGCCAGUCCGUGGAAACCCAACAACCACUAGUAAUAGGCUUCCGGCCCUCGAUCCUACGCGCCACAACAAGCAUCUUCAUCCAGAUGUGCGCUAUGAGCCUGGGCCACUACGAUCUGGGCUUCUUCCACCUCCGCGAAGCAAUCAGCAUGAUUCAGAUGCUUCGCAUCAGCGACAAAUCCGUCAACGCAAGCCUCACCACGGCUGAGCGAGCCCGCCGCCAACGACUAUACUGGCAAUGCUUCAUCCACGAAAGAUUCAUGUCGAUCGUGAAUUUCUCUCCCGUGACACUUCCCCCGCACACGCAGUACCCAGAAGAAGAUGCAUCCUUGGGCGCAGAAAUCCAGCAGGGCUGGACGCAAGUUAUCAAGACGUUCUGCAUGCUUGACGCGUCGUUUAUUAGUCUGUGGAUUGGCGACCGGACGCAGGUGACUGCGUCGUGGGUUGAGCGGAAACACCGCGAGCUGGACGAUGCGUUGUGGGAGGUUGAGGUUUCUGCGCUGUCGGAGUUGCAGCAGGCGGAUUUGUUCACAUGCGUCAUGUCCGUCAUUGGAAUUGGAGAUGCCGUUGAGGUUAUCGAGUCAGCUCAGGCAGUUUUUGACGAAGAUCUCGCAGAAUACGAUUCGGGUGCAUGGAUCGUCGAUGAUUAG